GGCGACCGCGGAUAAAUCAGGGAGGCGAGCACCGCGAGCCAGAGCGCGCGGGCGCCGGCAGGCUGGCCGAGCUCUGUUUCCACAGUCGCCCUUGAUGGCGGCGCAGGAGAGGCAGCCGUGGCACGGAGCAGCAGCCACGCGCUAGAGAGUCCGCCCGGCCCCGCCCGGCCCGCCCGGCCGCCCGCCCGUGCCCUGCCCGCUUCUCCCCGCGCGCCCUCCGGCAGACGUCGGCGCCCCGGCUCGGUCCCUCGGCCGCCGCGUGCAGCUCCGCCGCCCCCGGGCCGGCAGGGAGGGCGCUGAUCUUCGAUCGCGAAGAUGGCUGCUGGCUGCCUGCUGGCCUUGACUCUGACACUUUUCCAAUCUGGGCUGAUCGGCCCCUCGAGCGAGGAGCCCUUCCCUUCGCCCGUCACUAUCAAGUCAUGGGUAGAUAAGAUGCAAGAAGACCUUGUCACACUGGCGAAAACAGCCAGUGGAGUGACUCAGCUUGCUGAUAUUUAUGAAAAAUACCAAGAUCUGUAUACUGUGGAGCCAAAUAAUGCACGCCAACUCGUUGAAAUUGCAGCCAGAGACAUUGAGAAACUUCUGAGCAACAGAUCUAAAGCCCUGGUGCGCCUGGCUAUGGAGGCAGAGAAAGUCCAAGCAGCCCACCAAUGGAGAGAAGAUUUUGCAAGCAAUGAAGUUGUCUACUAUAACGCUAAGGAUGAUCUUGACCCUGAAAGAAAUGAGAGUGAGCCGGGCAGCCAACGGAUUAAACCUGUUUUUAUUGAAGAUGCUAAUUUUGGACGCCAGAUAUCCUAUCAGCAUGCAGCGGUCCAUAUUCCCACAGACAUCUAUGAGGGCUCAACCAUAGUGUUAAACGAACUCAACUGGACAAGUGCCUUAGAUGAGGUUUUCAAAAGAAAUCGAGAUGAAGACCCUACGUUGCUGUGGCAAGUGUUUGGCAGUGCCACUGGCCUGGCCCGGUAUUAUCCAGCUUCUCCAUGGGUGGAUAAUAGUAGAACUCCAAACAAGAUUGAUCUAUACGAUGUACGCAGAAGACCAUGGUACAUCCAGGGAGCUGCAUCCCCCAAGGACAUGCUUAUUCUCGUGGACGUGAGUGGAAGCGUGAGCGGAUUAACUCUGAAGCUCAUCCGAACGUCUGUCUCGGAGAUGUUAGAAACCCUCUCGGAUGAUGAUUUCGUGAAUGUAGCGUCAUUUAACAGCAAUGCUCAGGAUGUAAGCUGUUUCCAGCACCUGGUUCAAGCGAACGUGAGAAACAAGAAGGUGUUGAAAGAUGCUGUGAAUAACAUUACAGCAAAGGGAAUAACAGAUUACAAGAAAGGCUUUAGCUUUGCCUUUGAACAGCUACUUAACUAUAAUGUUUCCAGAGCUAAUUGCAAUAAGAUCAUCAUGUUAUUCACGGAUGGAGGAGAAGAGAGAGCCCAGGAGAUAUUUGCCAAAUACAAUAAAGACAAAAAAGUCCGUGUGUUUACAUUUUCUGUUGGUCAACAUAAUUAUGACAGAGGACCUAUUCAGUGGAUGGCUUGUGAAAAUAAAGGUUACUAUUAUGAGAUUCCGUCCAUUGGUGCAAUAAGAAUUAAUACUCAGGAAUAUCUAGAUGUUCUGGGAAGACCAAUGGUUUUAGCCGGUGACAAAGCAAAGCAAGUCCAAUGGACGAAUGUGUAUUUGGAUGCCCUGGAGCUGGGUCUUGUCAUUACUGGAACUCUACCAGUCUUCAACGUCACUGGCCAAUCUGAAAAUAAGACAAACUUAAAGAACCAAUUGAUUCUUGGGGUGAUGGGAGUUGAUGUGUCUCUGGAAGAUAUUAAGAGAUUGACACCACGUUUUACACUGUGCCCCAAUGGCUACUAUUUUGCAAUUGAUCCUAAUGGUUAUGUCUUAUUGCAUCCAAAUCUUCAGCCAAAGGAGCCAGUCACACUGGAUUUUCUCGAUGCUGAGUUAGAGAAUGAAAUCAAAGUGGAGAUUCGAAAUAAAAUGAUAGAUGGAGAAAGUGGAGAAAAAACGUUCAGAACUCUGGUCAAGUCUCAAGAUGAGAGAUAUAUCGACAAAGGAAAUAGAACAUACACAUGGACACCUGUCAAUGGCACAGAUUACAGUUUGGCCUUGGUAUUGCCAACCUACAGUUUUUACUAUAUAAAAGCCAAAAUAGAAGAGACAAUAACUCAGGCCAGAUAUUCGGAAACACUGAAGCCAGACAAUUUUGAAGAAUCUGGCUAUACUUUCAUAGCACCAAGGGAAUACUGCAAUGAUCUUAAACCUUCAGAUAAUAACACUGAAUUUCUUUUGAAUUUCAAUGAAUUUAUUGAUAGGAAAACUCCAAACAACCCUUCCUGUAAUACAGAUUUGAUAAAUAGAAUCUUGCUGGAUGCAGGUUUUACAAAUGAACUUGUCCAAAAUUAUUGGAGUAAGCAGAAAAAUAUCAAAGGAGUGAAGGCACGCUUUGUGGUGACAGACGGUGGGAUUACAAGAGUUUAUCCCAAAGAGGCUGGAGAAAAUUGGCAAGAGAACCCAGAGACAUAUGAGGACAGCUUCUACAAACGGAGCCUAGAUAACGAUAACUACGUUUUCACCGCGCCCUACUUUAACAAAAGUGGACCUGGUGCAUAUGAGUCUGGAAUUAUGGUAAGCAAAGCUGUAGAGCUGUAUAUCCAAGGAAAACUUCUUAAGCCUGCAGUUGUGGGAAUCAAAAUUGAUGUAAACUCCUGGAUAGAAAAUUUUACCAAAACUUCAAUCAGGGAUCCGUGUGCUGGUCCAGUUUGUGACUGCAAAAGAAACAGUGAUGUAAUGGACUGUGUCAUUCUAGAUGAUGGUGGAUUUCUUUUGAUGGCCAAUCAUGAUGAUUACACUAAUCAGAUCGGACGUUUUUUUGGAGAGAUUGACCCGAGCAUGAUGAGACACCUGGUUAAUAUAUCACUUUAUGCAUUCAAUAAAUCAUAUGACUAUCAGUCAGUGUGCGAUCCAGGGGCAGCACCAAAGCAAGGGGCGGGACAUCGCUCAGCAUACGUGCCAUCGAUUGCAGACAUACUUCAGAUUGGCUGGUGGGCCACUGCUGCUGCCUGGUCUAUUCUCCAGCAGCUGCUCUUGAGUUUGACAUUCCCACGGCUCCUUGAGGCAGUUGAGAUGGAGGAAGAUGACUUCACAGCCUCCCUGUCUAAGCAGAGCUGCAUCACGGAACAAACCCAGUACUUCUUUAAGAACGACACUAAAUCAUUCAGUGGUUUACUGGACUGUGGCAACUGUUCCAGGAUCUUUCAUGUAGAGAAACUUAUGAACACCAACUUAGUAUUCAUAAUGGUGGAGAGCAAAGGGACAUGCCCGUGUGACACACGGUUGCUCAUGCAAGCGGAGCAGACUUCUGAUGGCCCAGAUCCAUGUGACAUGGUUAAGCAGCCCAGAUACCGAAAAGGACCUGAUGUCUGCUUUGAUAACAAUGUGCUGGAGGAUUAUACUGACUGUGGUGGUGUUUCUGGAUUAAACCCUUCCUUAUGGUCUAUCUUUGGACUCCAAUUUAUACUCCUUUGGCUGGUAUCUGGCAGCAGACACUACCUAUUGUGACCUUCUAAACCCCAGAUCUGCAACUAAAUUCCAAGCCCUGCCAAAACAUGAGCCCUCAGUUGCAUUAAAUAGAGUCCGUUGAUGAAGCGACACAGAACCUUAGCUGGGUCUCUACCAUGACGUAACUGUAAGGCUUAGAUUCUUGACCAUCACUGGCUGCAUGUCAGGGUGUUGGAAACUGAAACUUGUGUGAAUAUGCUGCAUCAUCUAUGUCUAACAUCAAAGCAAAACUCUACUUGUUCUCUGUGGGAGGUUUGGGAGUUCCCUGUUGCACUGUUGGAGAUGACUUGUAAAAGGCUCCCCCAGGCACGCAGGCCUUAUGAAAAGAAGCGGUCUUGACUUUGACCUAGCAUUUCAACCUGCUGGAGUUUUACCAAGAAGAAGAAGAAAAAAGAAAACCCUAGUGAAGGCCAAUGAUAUUUUUGCCUUCACUUAUUUGCUGUUCAAAAGUAAUUCCUGCUGUGAGUAGUUAUUAAACAGAGAAAGAGGGAGGGAGGGGGAAAUUGCAUUGGUUUAAACUGAUGAAAUACAAACUAAUGGCUAAUUUUCUACCAAAAAAUUUGCCAUGAAUAAAAUGCCUUAUAAAAGAAUGACUUCUCUGCCAAAAACAAAACACAACUGUGACCAGUUGAAUUUGGAUAAGGUCUGAAGUGCUGGUUUGAAACCGAGGAAGGAAUAAGAUAAAGGUGCUUGUGGGUGAAAUUGGAAUUCAUGAUACAUUUCCUCAUAAAUGUAAGCCCUUAACUGCGUGAUGUAACGUCCCUUUUGUUCACAGUAAAGUCAUGUAGUGCUAGCCAGAUAUUUAACAUGCUCUAAGAGAAGCUUGUUGGGGGGGGAGGGGAAAUGUUUUCCUUGUGGUUAAUGAACUUGGGUUGCCAAGGGUAUUUUGCAUGAUGCUGCUGCUAUUUUAACUUUCUGGUUUGUUUUUCUUCUUACUGUAGAGUAUAGUCCAUUGACAAGUUAACUGGGUGACAUAUUGUCAUGUAAGAAUCUGAACCUUGCAGUGUACAUGCACUUAAGUCAUCCUUAACAUGUUGUUAAACUACUCUGAAUAUACUGUGCAAUGUCAAUGCCGAACGGCUGGGUUAGGCAGACGGCGAAGCGAGAAUUCAUGGAUUUUAUACAGACUCAUGCUUUUGCCUGAAAAACCUAUGUACAGAUAUUUUAAGUACCAUAAAUCAGAUUUAACACAUUUAUUUUUUGAAAGGCACAUAUACGUUCUCAAUGAAGAUUUAUCCUAGGUUUCCUCUCUGUUCCUUUCAAUAGUAGCAUGUACGAUCUAGAAACUGCUGCUUUUGCUGCUUCUGCCCUCCAUUUUGGUAUGAUCCUAUGACCAAAAUUCUGGUAAAACUUCAUGAGGGUUUUUACAUUAACCUGAACAAAUAGGAAACCUGGAAUCUAUGUGUAUGCACAUGAACACUUGAUUGUGAAUAAUAAAAUUUGUUUUUAUACAGCCUCCUUGGUGAAAAGCAUUAGCGUAGUAGAUCAGAAAUUUCAUUAUAGAUUAAUAUGGUAGCAAAACUUUAUUUAUGCUUCUAAAAAUUAUUUUCAGGAAUAAACAGUAUUUGAAGAAUGGGUAAAAACAAUGAAUGUGUCUAGGGAGAGUUAUUUUACUGUAAGCUGAAAGUAUACAUAUAUUUUUUAUGGUGAAUGAAAUUUUCUUUUAUUUUUAGUUAAACAUGCCAAGUAUUGGUGUGUGCAUAUGCUGGAAAUUUUCAUAUUUAUCAUUUUCCCCUCUGAAUUAUUUACAUUAUCCAGCAUACUUUAAUAUGCUCCACAUAUCAAUGUUGCAAUCAACACUUUAACAUAGUUUAUUGUUUUGUUUAUAGCUUUGCAUCCAUUGUAAUUCCUUCCUACCACCAUGGUAGACUGAGUAACAUUUGUGUACAUUUUGUAAGCUAAUAUUUUGCUUUAAAUCAAAAGGGAAGGAAGGGCAAUGGUGUCACUCUGCCAAUUAUUGUUCUAAGAAAUUACAUCAGUCACCACUUCUAAAGCGUUGUCACUUUUUAAUCUAUUCAUAACUGCUGUUCACAUUUUAGAAAAUAAGAAAGUGGUGUAAAGGUAAAGGAAAUAUGUCUAAGUCAUGAUGUUUGUUGAUUACUUCAAAUGUAUUAUUACCUUUACCUAGGCUAAUUUACAUCAUGCACAUGUAUGGGAAGGGAACUGCUAGUUUGCACAUAUAAGUGAUACACAUAAAAAACCAUUGAAUUGCUUCUGGCAAACAACAAUUUACCUUAAAUUAUGUUUAAAGUGUAUUGACUGUGAUUUUCAUGGCUAAUGUCACUUAUAGAGUGUAUUAACACCAAUGAAAUCAUUGUGGUGUGAAUCACUGUUGAACGUGGCAUCUCUUGGCAGAGCCCUGUUUAGUUUGAGUUCUAUAUCUUUACAACUAUAUACAUGGUAACAAAUUGGGCACAAACACACCCUCUGACUAAAAUUUGCUUUCAUGACAGAUAUGAAUAUUUUUGCGUUUUCACAUGUUUUUAAUGACAGCAACACUCAUUUCAUCAAAAUUACUAUAUUAAAUUUCACAUUUUUCUGCAAAUUCUGUUGACAAAAAAUAGUAUAGUCUGUUAUUCCCAGAAACAAAACUAUAUAAAAGAUCAUUUUAAAAAGGUUUUAAACUGUUUUUCCUUAGUUAAUUGUUGCUAUACUCAUGUAGUUCAGUGUACUUUGUCGCGUAAACAAAGUCAAAACAAGUCCUGCAUUGGUGUUGAGUAGCAGAAAAGAAUUUUUGCAUAAAUGGCUUCAUCUUUUCUUCAUUUGAACAACCAGCAUUACUGCCAAACACCAAUCGUGGUCCAUAUUUGUACCAGGUUUUUAACAUGACAUAGUUAGCAAGUUUGAUUGAAGAGAUUUUUAGGUCCUGGGCCUACAAGAUUUUAGUAUGGUCUUUUUUCAUGUUUCUAAUGCUUGAAGCAUUAUUGCUUACCUUGGGAAACACAGCGUUCCUGCCAUUUGUAAGUUUUCCUAUAUAUAAUAUUCCUUUUAUUAACUGUAAAACUGGCCUUACGGGGUUCAAAUAGGCAGUAUCCCUUUUAAGUGACCUUUGCAACCCAAGUGUUACUUGCUUAUUUGAUGCUCUCUCGUGCUUUACAUCUCAUUUGAAUGCCUGUCUUGGAGUCACCAAAGCUUAAAUUCUACAUCUUAAUUUAAAACUAAAAGCAUAGAGUCUAACCUAGCAAAACACAAUGGAUUUUGUGAUUUUUUUCCCACUUGCCCCCAAAUUCCCAAUAUUUUUUCGUUAGUUGGAACUUGCAUUGUUUUCCACGGCAGAAUGUUGAUGUUGUCAAUAUUCAGUGUACAUUUCUGUAAAGAGCGAAUCACUAAAACAGGACUAUCAGGUGGUGAAAAUGUCCAGAAUUUUGCAGAAAUAGAUAGCUGUUACCGGUGGUUUCAUCUACCUUGGUUUUAGUUCACAUAAAAAAAAAAAGAACCAUGGAAAUUCCACCGAGGCUCUUGGCACGCUGUCCUCUGUAGAUGCCAACUGAGUUUCCAGUGUGACCUGGCAAAGCUGUCCUUUCCUUGUGCGGUGUGACUGUGGGAUCAUGUUUUAGGGAUUCUUUUCAUGAAAUGCUCAUUGUGCACCAAGCAAAACGCCAAGUGGCUUUUGUGAACAACACAUUUUUUUUCCUCCCCUUAUUAUGUUCUCUGGACACUUUUGUGGAAAUUAACUAGUCGGAUGAACACAUUUUGUAAAAAUUUGUAUAAUACUGUUAUAAAAAAUAUUUAUAAUCCCAGAAAAUGUUGUGUUAAAUCUUGUGCAAAAACAGUAUAUUCAGAAUAAAAGUUUAUCAUUGA